AUGUCUUCUCGUGAACAACAGAAUAUCGCUCGGCGCUCCAGAAGCCCCCAUAACCGCCGUCAUCAUAAGCGCUCUCGAUCUCCCAACUCUCAUCUUUACCACCACGUCUCCCACAAGCACAAACACUCGAAGCCUUCUGCGCCGGUGCACCUCCCAUUACAAGCUUCAAAGCUGCACAAACAUGACUUUGAAACCGUCAAGCCGAUGUUUGAGUUGUACCUGGACAUCCAGAAGCAGAAGGUGCUGGAGGGCUUACCAGAUGACGAGGUAAAGGGCCGGUGGAAGAGCUUUGUAGGCAAAUGGUAUAUCUCUAUCCGUUGCAUAUGA